AGAGAGAGGGAUUUUGCCUAUGUGGCCCGUGAUAAAAACACCAGGAUCCUGAAAUGUCAUGUUUUUCGCUGUGACACGCCAGCCAAAGCCAUCGCCACGAGCCUGCAUGAGAUCUGCUCCCGGAUAAUGACGGAGCGAAAGAAUGCCAAAGCCAUGGCAGGAGGCUCUCUCCAGGACAGGAUGCAGGCAGGACUAGAUCUCCCUUUACAAGAGUUUCCCACACCAAAGACGGAGCUGGUUCAGAAAUUUCAGGUGCUCUACCUCGGUAUGAUGCCUGUGGCCAGACCAAUGGGUAUGGAUAUUCUGAAUGGAGCUAUCGACAGUCUGAUCGGUUCUUCCAACAGAGAGGACUGGACUCCGGUGGCCCUGAAUGUGGCAGAUGCCACAGUGACCAUCAGCAAAGAUGAGGAUGAGGAGGAAGUGCUUGUGGAGUGCCGUGUCCGUUUCCUGUCUUUCAUGGGCGUCGGGCACAACGUGCACACGUUUGCAUUCAUUAUGGACGCCGGCGCCCAUCGCUUUGACUGUCACGUGUUCUGGUGCGAGCCCAACGCUGGGAGUGUGUCUGAGGCUGUUCAGGCAGCUUGUAUGCUGCGCUAUCAGAAGUGUUUGGUGGCCAGACCGCCCUCCCAGAAGGCCUGCGGCUCAUCGCCCCCCGGUGACUCGAUGUCCCGCCGAGUCUCGACAAGCGUGAAGCGAGGCGUCCUGUCUCUCAUCGACACGCUCAAACAGAAGAGACCCGUCACGGAGCUGCCGCAGUAACGGCGGGAAAACGGUACCAGCUUCUUGCCACAGCUCCCAGUCGCCAUGGUAACUCAUUGCAUUGCUGCUGAAACCCGCCACCACAGAGUCCAGCAACUCCGGAAACGCCUCAAAGCCCCAGGGUUUGGAAAACCUGGUUUCAUUCCCCCUUUGUUUUGGGAACAAAUAGGAAGUCCACCUUAAGAGUUUUCCAGCUGUUGAGCAACAAUUCAAGUCCGUUUCCUCAAAG